UUAAAUAUAUAGAUGAAUGACGACCGUGCAUUUUCUCUCUUGUCAUAUUGAACAUAAAAGCGAAAAUGUCUGUAAAUAUUAAUCUAUGAAUAUCUCAAACUUCUUUAGCUUGUUAUUAUUAUUCACGAUACAACUUGCUGUACAUAUAUUCUUAAAUUUUGACAUGGAAACAAUUGUUAUUUAUGUACAGGUUUUUGUUUUUGGUAAAAAGGGAAAUGGUAAAAAGGGAAAUAGUUAGAUAUUUAACCAGAUACAAACAAUAAUGUUAAGUUUUAGCACCUUUUUGAGUUGUGUUUUUAUUCUCGGGAAGGUGUGUUUGGCGGCGGAAAAGACUUUCAUGGCAAAGUGGAUACAAACUGAUUUAGAGUAUCCUUGGAAUAUCUAUGCUGUUAAAAUUAUUCUUGGCAAAGGUUUAGAUCGCUGUGUCGAAAAUUGCAAAAAUACGAAAGAAUGUGAUUACAUUAAUUUUGAAAGAAUAGUUAAUACAUGUUUCCUUAUAGGCGUUAAUACUUCGGAUGGAGGCACAUUUGAUAUUGCUGAAAGAAUACAAACCAGAAAAGGCUAUGUGUUUGGAAACAAACAGGACUGGACUUUGAACAUUAAUUAUGAAACGUGCAGUGAUUGUGAAACCAAAGGAUGUGGUCCACCUGCACAUAAACCUAACACUGUUUUAAAUGGAAAUAUGUGGUCGUUUAACAAUAAGAUAGAGUAUCAUUGCCAGGCUGGUUUCACAGAUGUCUCUUACAGCACUGGCAGUGUGAUAUGUCAGGACAAUGGUAUCUGGAGCACUACAUCUAUUCGCUGCGUACCAGAUGUAGCAGUGCCUAAUGUCUUUUUGGAUUCAUUUUACUUUUUUGACGCGGGUAACAGGCGAACCUGGCAAGAAGGGAAGACAUACUGUGAAGGUCUAGGAGGACAUCUCGCUGAUAUCAAGACAGAUAUUGAGAUGGAAUAUAUAACAACCUUAUUUGGACCAUAUUUAGACGCAUGGGUGUGGCUUGGAGCUGAUGAUAUAGCAGAGGAAGGGAAAUGGGUCUGGUCAGAUGGAACUGCAGUCGACGAUGGUUACAUAGUAUGGGCAACAGGACAGCCAUCUAUCAAUAAUGCUGAAAACUGUUUGAUAACCAAAACAGUUUUUAUUAGUACUUCAAGAUAUCGCGUUUGGUCGGGUAAUUCAUGUGAUAUGCAGUUGCGAAGUAUCUGUGAAUUCUAAGAAUGGCGAUUUUUUUUGAAAGGGUACUGGACAGAAAAAAAGAUGUGUACAUAUGACGGGAAAUGUAAGCUCAAUAGUUAAUCAUGAAGACCAGUUGUUAUGAGAUAUUGCAUCUGCUUUAUGAUUUAACCCCGACAAUAUCUGAUGAAAUAUUUAAUGAUGUAAUUUUAAUAGUAUCUUACAGAACUGCUAUCAUAUACAAUUGUUAUUCUCUGUAUGCUGUAAUAGAACUGAAAUCUCUUUCUCCUUAAAUAAAACAUUUUAUAGCCUAUCAUACUGUUUAUGUUGUUUUUGUUUGGUUUUGUUUUGGUCACCAUUAAAAUAAACAGUUCAAAGGAAUUGCAAGAAUACAUAUAUCAAGAAUAUAAUAUUCUCUGUAAGUAUUAUCAAAGCCAAUAUGCACGUAUAGUAGCCUACUCAGUUUCAGAUAGUAAACA